AUUUUAAAGCACUUAAAAAAAAAAGGGAAAGACUAUAUAUUGGGCUAAAACAUCAACUAAUGAACUUCAGAAUGAUGGGAGCAUGUAAACGGCAAGUCUGAACUACUGAACAACACAUUUCAAAAUGAAGCGGAUGCAGAUCUAAAGAGGUGCACAAGGUGUGUCUGCAGAUGAAGUGAUGAUGGAGCAGGUCGUCAAGGGCCCGGUAAACAUCGCCGCAGCGGUGCAGGUAACGUUGAUGGCGUUGACAGGGACGUUACUGCUGAUUCUGCUGCACAGAAUAUUUACCGCCAAGAACUGGAGGAACCAAUCACGUUUUUCAGGUCCGGGUUGGUGGUUGGGUCUCGGCCCGAUUAUGAGCUACAGCAGGUUCCUGUGGAUGGGGAUCGGCUCCGCAUGCAACUACUACAACGAAAAAAUAUAUGGCGGCAUUGCUCGGGUCUGGAUCAACGGAGAAGAGACCUUUAUACUUAGCAAGUCCUCUGCCGUGUAUCAUGUUCUGAAGAGCAAUAAUUACACUGGGAGGUUUGCCAGUAAAAAAGGUCUGCAGUGCAUUGGUAUGUUUGAACAAGGCAUUAUCUUCAACAGCAACAUAGCAUUGUGGAAGAAAGUGCGAACAUAUUUCACCAAAGCUCUUACAGGUCCAGGUCUCCAGAAAUCAGUAGAUGUGUGUGUCAGCGCGACCAACAAACAGCUUAACGUCCUGCAGGAGUUCACAGACCACUCAGGACAUGUGGAUGUACUCAAUCUUCUGCGCUGUAUCGUUGUGGAUGUUUCCAAUAGACUCUUCCUAAGAAUCCCUCUCAAUGAGAAAGACUUGCUGAUAAAGAUCCACCGGUAUUUCAGUACCUGGCAGGCGGUUCUUAUACAGCCAGAUGUUUUCUUCAGACUAAACUUUGUGUACAAAAAAUACCACCUGGCAGCAAAAGAGUUGCAGGACGAAAUGGGAAAGCUUGUGGAGCAAAAGCGACAGGCCAUCAAUAACAUGGAGAAGCUUGAUGAGACGGACUUCGCAACGGAGCUGAUAUUUGCUCAGAACCACGAUGAGCUGUCUGUGGAUGACGUGAGGCAAUGUGUGCUGGAGAUGGUGAUCGCUGCUCCAGACACCCUUUCCAUCAGUCUGUUUUUCAUGCUUCUCCUGCUGAAGCAGAACUCUGUCGUGGAGGAGCAGAUCGUACAGGAGAUACAGUCUCAGAUAGGCGAGCGGGAUGUAGAGUCGGCCGACCUGCAGAACCUGAAUGUUCUAGAGCGCUUUAUCAAAGAGUCUUUGAGGUUCCAUCCGGUGGUGGACUUCAUCAUGAGACAGGCCUUGGAGGACGACUACAUCGAUGGCUACCGAGUGGCAAAGGGGACGAACCUCAUCCUGAACAUCGGACGCAUGCACAAGUCUGAGUUCUUCCAAAAACCCAACGAAUUCAACUUGGAGAACUUUGAGAACACCGUUCCCAGUCGUUACUUCCAGCCGUUCGGCUGCGGCCCGCGGGCCUGCGUCGGGAAACACAUCGCCAUGGUGAUGACGAAGGCCAUCCUGGUGACCCUGCUGUCGAGGUUCACGGUUUGUCCUCGUCACGGCUGCACCGUCAGCACCAUCAAGCAGACCAACAAUCUCUCCAUGCAGCCCGUGGAAGAGGAUCCCGACUGCCUGGCCAUGCGCUUCAUUCCACGAGCUCAGAAUAUCUGCAGAGACCCACACCUGAGCGAAAAAACACAGGAUUAGAAACCUUUAAAGGUGCGCUGAGUAAUUUCCUUUCACCUAAAAUUUUGAGUGGCAAGACUGCAUUUUUUUUUUUUACCUACUAUACACAAACUGUUGAACUUACCUCAAACUCAAUGACACAUACCAGUCAGUGUGCGAUAUAGACAUCCCCGACCAAAACAUAGACA